UCAUUUAAAAAUCUGGAACUCCCGGUGGCCGGCGGUUCACGAAAGAGGCGUUGCGAAAAAUCGAUUGUAAAUAGGAUUAAUAGCCGAGUCUAUCCGGACGAUUACGUAAAUAAGGAACAAUGAGAAUAUUGUGGAAAGAGGGAAAGUAACGGAUAUUGCUCCUUGUGGUCUCCUUUCCGAUUUUUUCGUCUAUUCCUCUAUAAUAAUCACCUGUGAAAAGAUUCAAUGCAAAUUUCAGAUACAGACGCUGAAGACGAUGUAGGGGAGAAUAUGUCCCGGGAUGAGGUGUCAAAAGAAGAACUACCCCAGACGUUUACCGUCAAAUAUCUAGGAUGUCGAGAGGCCAGGGGUCUGUGGGGCAUCAAGCAUACGAGAGGACCGGUCGACUCCCUUGUUUCGGCGGCCAAGAUGCCUGGGGCUACCGCACCUCCGGUCAUGUCGUUGACCGUGACUCCCGAAGGGUGCAGCCUCCACUCCGCCAAUUCUCUGGGAGUCACGAGGAAACCUUUCCCAAUCGAAAUCAUAUCUUACGGGGUGCAGGACCUCCUUUACACCAGGGUCUUCUCGAUGAUCGUCGUGAGGGAUGCUGGCGACCCGAGGAACCCGUUCGAGUGCCACGCUUUCGUCUGCGAGUCGAGGCAGUCGGCGAGGCGUCUCACGUAUUGUCUGGCAGCGGCUUUUCAGGAAUAUUCGAAAAGGGUCCGUUCCGUCGCUCCGAAAGAAAGGGUCUGGGACCCGCCGAAAUUUGCUAUCGACCUGAGAACUCCCGAGGAAAUCGAGGUAGAGAUGCGCAUUGACAGCGAGGCAUGAACUGAAAAGUCAAACAAGCAAAUUUUGCAAAAUGUAAUAAUUCUAAAGUUUUAUUGUUGCUAUAAUUAUCAGUAUUAUAAAUAAGUGAAGUUUAAAGUCAUUUCACGCAUAUUCUAUAUCCGUACGGUUUUCCGUUAUUUUACUAUGCCAUCUCUGCUCGUAACUCUCACAGUCUAUUUAUUUAUAUACAAUAAUUUCAUCUCGGUAAUUUAAAUGAAAUGCCAUCAAUAGUUAAUAGUCCAAAUCCAAAGUCUUAUGAUCUUUAAAUAAAAUAUUAUACUCGUAGCAGCACUCAACCCAGACUCAAAAAUGCGAUAUAGAUUUGUGAUGUUUUCCGUUUCUCCUUCCAAAUAAUAAACAAAAAAUCAAAAAGAAAUGUUUUAUUAUUGAUUGGCAAAACUUUUAUUUUUUGAAUUUUGCCAUUAGUAGUGAUGAAACCAUGAUGGUUUUUAUCUUGCAAUCGUUGUAGUGUUUGACAUAGUUGAUUAUUAAAUAUAAUUUGUUGUAAAAUUUACGGAUAUUUCAACUUGUAUCCACAAUCACAAACAGAAUGUACGUUCUAGUGUUUUUUGUUGAUACAGACAAAAUAGUAAUAAUAUCAUUAAUCAUUUUGAGAAUUCCUACAGCAAGAAGCCCUCUCUAGUCGUAAUUAAAACUACAACUUCUUAUCCCGAUCCAUUGCUUAUCUCAAAACUCUCAGCCUACUAUUUUGUGCUUGUUACCAUUUUUAUAGCGCAAAUCACGUCUGUUUGUAUUUUUGCACUUCACAAGCACUUAAAAAACUGACCAAGUGCCAGUCCUAGCUUAAUUUUUAUUAAUACAUAUUUGAAUUGUUUGUACUUAAGAUAAAAAGUAGAUUUAUAACAAUAAAUUAAAUAUAUAAAUGAUUUAUAUAUAAUACUCCAUAUGUUACUUUAUAUCAUUAUUGUUUCAUAACAAUGUCAAAAGUGUAUAAUAAUGUUGUACAUAUUUGAUUUCGCUUAAAAGCUUAAAUUUAAUAUGCAAUACAAUUUUGUAAGCUUUAAACAAUUUUGC